AUGUUCAACACCACAUCGAGAUUGCACCCUUCGCGUUCCUCGAUCACAAUCCAAUCGGCUAAGGGUCCCACUCAAUCCCUAAUGUAUUCUGAUAGCUCACUUUGCAAUGUAUUAUUGAUCGUUACAAUAUCUGGAGUAUGGGGAAUGUCAUGUAUUUAA